AUAUUAAUUUUUUUUAAGAAACAAAAAUAUAUUAAAUUAAAAGCUCUAAACUUGGCACACUGAGUGCAAAAAAUAGAUUACACUGCUACCCAAUCACUAACAAAACAAGAGCUCACUCACACACCCAUAUUCUAUUCCAGAAGCACGAUUGAAGUGGUUCACCCAAACUAGCACUCAAUCUCAGGCUGCUCUCAAAUCCGUCGCACCGCUCUCAGCCUCUCUCUCUCUCUCUCUCUCUCUCUCUCUCUCUCUCGCAGUGCAGGCAGGUAAAGUAAGCAACCUUGAGAAAUUGCAUAAAAUACUUAGAACCUUGAGGAUAACCAACGAGAAUCACUUCUCUCAAAAUUGAAAAGCUAGAAAUUUCAGCUUCAACUAAACGCACGUUUGUUUGAAAACACCGCCGAUUUCCUAUGCUUCACACUCUCCGCACGGUGUCUUCAGGGCACACACUCACUUCAUCAUUCAAACCUCCUUCUUCUUCAAUUGCCUUCUACAUGGACCAACCUCGUCUUCUAUCUUUCAACCCAAAACACUCUCAACAACAACCCUACCUCACUUAUCAAGCAUCAUCAUCGCAACAACACUCUGCAAAUGCGGUUUCUCCAAGGAAUGAAGAAUCAUGUGUUCAUGGACCAUCUGAAAAAAUUGUUGGGGUUUUGGGUGGAGGUCAACUUGGUCGCAUGCUUUGUCAAGCUGCUUCUGAGAUGGCUAUUAAGGUUAUUGUUUUAGAUCCUCAACAGAAUUGUCCGGCUAGUUCUUUGGCUUAUCAACACAUGCUUGGAAGCUUUGAUGACAGCACCACAGUACAAGAAUUUGCAAAGAGGUGUGGAGUUUUAACAUUUGAAAUUGAACAUGUUGAUGCUGCCACACUGGAAAAGCUUGAGAAACAAGGAGUUGAGUGCCAACCAAAAGCCUCUACUGUACGGAUUAUUCAGGAUAAGUAUCAGCAGAAGGUUCACUUUUCUCAACACGACAUUCCACUUCCUGAAUUUUCGCGGAUAGAUGAUCUUGAAGGUGCUAAGAAAGCAGGGGAACGUUUUGGCUAUCCUCUUAUGAUCAAGAGUAGGAGAUUAGCUUAUGACGGACGGGGAAAUGCAGUUGCAAAAAGCGAAGAGGAACUACCUUCUGCUGUGAAUGCUCUCGGAGGAUUUGAUCGUGGUUUAUAUGCCGAAAAAUGGGCACCUUUUGUUAAGGAACUAGCUGUCAUUGUGGCGAGAGGGAGAGACAAUACAAUUUCAUGCUAUCCAGUAGUUGAAACUAUUCACAGGGACAACAUAUGUCACAUAGUUAAGGCUCCGGCAAAUGUAAAAUGGAAGGUUAGGGAGCGUGCCACUGAAGUUGCUUUCAAUGCUGUUAACUCUUUAGAAGGUGCUGGUGUAUUUGCUGUUGAAUUGUUCUUGACUGAGGACGGACAGAUUUUAUUAAAUGAAGUCGCACCUAGACCUCACAAUAGUGGGCACCACACUAUUGAAUCUUGCUACACCUCACAAUAUGAGCAACAUUUGCGGGCUGUUGUUGGUCUUCCCCUUGGCGAUCCAUCAAUGAAAACUCCAGCUGCUAUCAUGUACAAUAUAUUAGGUGAAGAAGAGGGGGAGCUUGGCUUUCAAUUGGCUCAUCAAUUGAUGAAGAGGGCAUUGACCAUCCCUGGUGCUUCUGUUCAUUGGUACGAUAAGCCAGAAAUGAGAAAACAACGGAAGAUGGGCCACAUAACAAUUGUUGGGCCUUCCCUAAGCAAUCUUGAAAGCAAUCUUGCAACAAUAACAGAAGAGAAAGCAUCAGAAGACAAGACUGCAGUUGCUCCACGUGUGGGGAUCAUAAUGGGCUCUGAUUCAGAUCUGCCUGUUAUGAAAAGUGCUGCUGAAAUCUUGGAGAUGUUUGGUGUACCUCAUGAGGUAAGAAUAGUUUCAGCACAUCGAACUCCGGAACUGAUGUUUUCUUAUGCCUCGUCUGCUCAUGAACGAGGCAUACAGGUUAUUAUUGCCGGUGCUGGUGGUGCAGCUCACUUACCUGGUAUGGUGGCUGCUAUGACUCCGUUACCUGUAGUUGGUGUUCCAGUGCGUGGUUCUUCCCUGGAUGGAGUUGAUUCACUCUUGUCGAUUGUCCAGAUGCCAAGAGGUGUCCCAGUUGCCACCGUUGCAGUUAACAAUGCAACUAAUGCUGGGCUGUUGGCAGUAAGAAUGUUGGGUGUUGCCGAUGAUAAUCUCUUGUCAAGGAUGAGCCAAUAUCAAGAGGACCAAAAAGAAAGCGUCUUAAAGAAAGGAGAUAGGUUAGAAAAACUUGGUUGGGAAUCGUACUUAAAUAGUAGUAAUUAGUUGAACCGAUUAAUUUGGUGAUUCUUUUAGGUCUACUUCCAUGUUUGAACAACUACAAAAUUUUGAUAGACAUUCAAUACCAGAGGGUGUUUAGACCCCGUGGUAUCAACAAGUAGAUUGAGAACCGGCAAGAAAUUGUUAUGUAAGCACAUGUUAUGUUACUGCUAAAAUGUAGUAGGGAGAGGAGAAAAGAAAAUCGUGUCGCGCUUAAUACCAACAGUUAUGAAAAACAUAUAUUGUUAUUUUACUCAUUAUUGUAAUCUUAUGAACAGUUAUUUGAUGUACUAAACUAAUUUGAACUUAAGCAUAAUGUCACCAAUUUGA